AACUUCUUGCUCGGGACGGUUAAGGGGAGAAGGUCCAAGAGACGGAGGUGCCCAGCGGCCAACCUCACCGAUGACCUCGUCGUUGAGAUCCUCUCUCGCCUCCCUGCCAGAUCGGUCUGCCGCUUCAAGUGCGUGUCCACAACAUGGCGGGACCUCAUCUCGCACCCGGUGAACCGUACGAAGCUUCCCCAGACCCUGGCUGGCUUCUUCACGAAGCACGAUGGUGAAACUGUGCCGUGCUGCAAUGGCCUUCUUCUCUUGGACAGCGGCGGUGGUGAUGCCAGCGAGAGCGCCGAGUCCCGAGGCUCGAGGCCCGUCUGGAGCUUGGUGCUCCGGCAAGUUCGGCUGGGAACGAUGGAGAGUCGAAACUCCGCGGCGAGAUGAUGCGGCGUACUUGGAAGCCAGCGUCGGCGGCGCCGGAGGACUAGUCUGUCGCGCGCGCAAGGUACCAUCUCCUCGACGGGUGCGCCUAGCCGCAUAGAUUUUUUUCUUCUUCUUCUUCAGUUCGUAAGUUACAGGUGUUCAAUACUUCAAUCGACUCAAAUUCAGAGUUACUGUACUUCCCGUAUGCAUUGGCAACCCUUCCACACUGAACUGUUGCAGCCCACUCAAAUCCGAUCUUCGAACCGGCUAAAAACGCAAUCUCCUUGACCGUUUUGGUAUCAAGCUAUCUCGUUGAGACUUUGAGCAAUCUUGAAACAGCGAAGAUGCCUUCCUAGCCUUGUUGUUCUAAAACAAGUGCGAGUCAGACUGACAGGUCCUUUUUAGUUUUGUGAUGACAGUACCCAACGGCAGGUACAAGUUCUAGUUGCAGUUGGUUGCAACAAUAAAGAGUACAACUUCCGUCCCAAAUUACUUGUCUUAGAUUUAUCUAGAUACGGAUGUAUAUCAUUCGGUGGAAGCAAGCUGUUAUUGAGUACAGGGCAAUGAGGGCAUGGCCAGUAUGAACAACUAAACUAUGUAUUCAAUUCAGUCCCAUUUCCAAAAUUUUUUGUUAUCUUCAGUUAUAGGCAAAACUAAUUCAUCAGAGUAAACACAAUAAUGUACUGACACAGGAUAUAGCACUAGGUAAGAAUUUUUCGGUUGUACUCCCUUCUCGCAGACCGUAAAUUUUCUCGAAUUCCAAAGGAUAUCGACAGCCUAAAACUCCAGGUCUUUCGUUUUUGACCUUUUGCUGCUGCAUAUCAUGAGCCCAUGCAGUACCCACACAUAUAUUCAACCGGAAGGAAUCAAACUGGUAUAGAUUCUAUGCAGUUGGAAUCUUCGCUACACCUUUUCCAUAAGAAAAUAGUGGGAAGAAGAA